ACACACAUAGAUGGUUAUAAGUGUGGUGUAUGAUGCUUUAAAAUGCUCGAUUUGAAUAUCAGUUGGCCUCUCAGUGCUCAAUAGGCCAAAUGAGUUGAUAUAAACGUGUUUUGAGCUUGGCCCAAAGUAAGAGACACAGUUGAGUACGAUUGCAAGUACACAUACACACAUACACCAGUAUAUACCGACGGCUGUGCCCAACAUCUGAGCCAAGUUAGCCGAAUAGUGCUUGGUUAGUUGUGUUACGAUCGACGUUGGGCGCUGUUAUACUCUGAAAUGACCGACGGAUGUGGAAAGACGCACGAUCGACUUAUUUUCAAUAUAUAUAUAUAAUUUAAAAAUAUAUUAAAAAUUGGAAUAAAGUUACAAUUGUGAUAUAAUACUUUAAAAACAAAUCUAAUUAAUCGAGCAGAGUUGAAAAUGCAAAGAAUAUAUAUAUAAAUAUAAUUUGAAGCCGCGUUAAACUCUCCGCGAAUUAUUCACGACAAAUAGACUAUAAUAUAGUACACUAUUUACAUAAAUACUCAUAACACUACCGAAUUGGUUACCAAUCACCAUAACAGCUUUCGAAAUAGAAAGUAAUGCAGCAGUAAUUUACAAAAAAUGCCACGAAAACUCUUGAAAUUCCUCAUAAUCUUCGAUAAUACAUCACUCUUGUAUUUCCCUGGCCAAUUUCUAUCCGGUCGCGUACUUAUCGAACUACAAGAUGACACACCCGCGCUGGGUCUGCACUUUCACGUUGUCGGCGAAGGUGUAGUACGCGCAGGUACCGCACGGCAGGAGCGUACUUAUGACAAAGAGAAUUAUAUUGAUUUCCGUAUGCGACUAUUGGGCGAUGUGGAUCAAGGACCCUCAGUGCUCUCGCCUGGCAUACACAGUUUUCCAUUUAAAUUGGGUCUGCCCGUGGGUUUGCCAUCCACGUUUUUAGGACGUUAUGGUUGGAUACAGUACUAUUGCAAGGCGGCUUUGCGUGAACCGAACGGACUGAUACACAAAAAUCAUCAAGUAUUCAUAGUGAUGAAUCCGAUCGAUCUAAAUUUGGAGCGUCCGAUUCUGUCGCAACCAUUUACGUGUGAGAUCGAGCACAAACUUGGCGUGGCCUGUGUGGGCGGCGGCAAAGUUGUUGCGCGAGUGGCACUCGAUCGUGGCGGCUACGUGCCGGGGGAGAGCAUAUUGAUUACCGCAUACAUUUCGAAUCACAGUAAUGUGACGAUUAAACGGACAAAGGCCUCACUAACCGAGACCAUUGAAUACUUGGCACGUGGGAAAGUGGUGCAAACGGAGAAACGCGCAUUGGCCACUUUGGCGCGUGGAAAAAUUCGUCCAGGCGGUAAGGAUGAGUGGCAAAACGAUAGUUUGUAUGUACCACCGUUGCCGCCGACAAAUCUGCAUGGCUGCCAUUUGAUAAAAAUCUCCUACGACGUGUUUUUCGUAAUCGAGCCGAAAUCUUUGGAGAAAGAAAUCAAAUUACAGCUGCCCAUAGUUUUAGCUACAUAUCCAUUUCGCAAUAACGGCAAUGAUGUUUCGAAUACUUGGCCAGAUUCAGUGUUAAAACCGGACACACAUUACCCGUCAACGUUGCCUAUCUUUCGUCCGUGGUUGCAUGAGAAGCCCGAACCCAAUUGAGCAUAAGGAAAUGAAUUCACACUACGCAUGUAUGUAAGAUAGUCGGAGGAAGGAUAUACAUACAUACAUACAGACAUAUAUUCUUAAGAAACAAGCGAGCAGUGAUUACGUUUAAAGAAAAUCUUAUAAAGAAUUCGCGAAGUAAAAUUCGUUUAUUUUAUGUAUAUUUUAGGGUAUCUGUUGCUUCCAAAUAGAUUUUUUUUGCAAACGCCGCC